AUGGGCUCCGUCGUACUUCCUCAUCUCGUCACCGGCUGGCACGUCGACCAAGCCAUCAUGUCUGAAGAAGAGCGCCUCGUCAUCAUCCGAUUUGGCCGCGACUGGGAUCCCGACUGCAUGCGACAAGAUGAAGUCCUCUAUCGUAUUGCCGACCGUGUCAAGAACUUCGCCGUCAUCUAUGUCUGCGAUCUCGACCAAGUCCCCGACUUCAAACAGAUGUAUGAGCUUUACGACCCCGUCACCCUCAUGUUCUUCUUCCGCAAUAAGCACAUGAUGUGCGAUUUCGGGACCGGCAACAACAAUAAGCUCAACUGGGUGCUGGAGGAUAAGCAGGAACUGAUUGAUAUCAUCGAGACAAUCUACCGUGGCGCGAAGAAGGGUCGUGGUUUGGUGGUUAGUCCCAAGGACUACUCCACGAGGUACCGAUAUUAG